GUUACUUUUUAGUGCCUCAGAAGUCUUAACCAAGUUAGAUUCGAGUUAAAAAGCAGAAAGUGAAAGUAGUUGCGAAAAAAUGCUGAAGGCUUCCUAUUUUAUCUUCCUUUUGUUAGUAUUUGUGUGCAAAAUAUGUAUGAUAACCGGAGAUCGAUGCACUCUGGUAACUGGGACUUCUGGAACAAUUGCAAACGAAAAAGAGGGUCAUUACUAUUCAAAGUGUUGGCGUUUUAGGGUACCCCUGAAUAGCAUCACACGUGUCAUUAUGGAAUCAUUUAAUCCUAGUGCCACUUGUGAGUAUACUAAAGUGGAAGUUUAUCCAGUCAAUGAAGACAUAAAAUAUCUAUUCUGCCCUGAUAAUUCUUGGAAACCCAUAGUUUUGCAUAGUGACUUCAUAGUGGAGCACACAAUAACAAAUUUCUAUGACAUUACAAGUAGCGGUUUCUCAAUUAAGUAUGAAAGCGAAAAUACGCUUUGCUCUCAAGAUAAUAUCUUCAAAUGCAGUGAUGUCAUGUGCAUUCCUCGUUCUCAAGUAUGUGAUGGAACAGUUCAGUGCCCCGAUGGAAUCGAUGAAAAGGGAUGUGAUAACACAGCAUUAUUGGAUCGCAGAAUGAAAGAAACCCGCAGAGCCGGAAUUCAGUGGCUGAAGAAGAGAUGGUCUCACUCAGCCGGUUGGCAAGAAAACACUCACAGAGCAAUCACUGCAUUGUUUUUAGCAAGCGAGAAAAAUGAUAAAAAUGUAGAAGAAACACUAAUGAUAAAACAACUAGAGGUUCAGGCUUUGGUUUAUCUCUUGAGAAAAGAAACAGAUCCAUUGACAGCAAAUCAGUUGAGUAUGUUCGUCAAUGCUCUAACUGUGUCGUGCCAGAACCCGUAUAAAUUUUAUGCCAAUGAUUUAGUGAAACUGUUGAAAGACCAAACAGAAGUUUCAUCCCUGAUCGCCCGUCCUGGAGCGUAUCUAACGCUCUGUAACGCGGGUGAAACUUUACCAGUCAAUGCCACCCACGAUCUCGGUAACCUGUUGAAGUCUGAUUCAGCAUAUUCUUUUUUUCUUGAUAUUCAAGCAGUGGCUAUCAUGGCCCUUUCUUGCUUACAAGUCAAUAAUGAGAGAAUCUUAAACGGGUUUUUUCCACACACCGAGUACCAGGAAGCUCUGACGAAAUUGAAGCAGCUUCAGCUCGAAGAUGGAAGUUUUGGAACCAUCUACACGACAGCAGUUGUCACGCAAGCAUUGCUUUCAGCUGGUCAACAAAACAGUACAGACUGGAAUUACAAUAAAGCAGUGAACCACUUAAUUCAACAAUUUAACUCCUCAACAAUUGAUUUCUUAGCCGUGUACUUGAUUCUACCAAUUUUAAAUGGAAAAUCCUUGCCACACAUUGGAAACACAGACUGUUCAACUAUAAUGCAACGCGACCCUGUUGCUGAAGCGAAAGACAAGCUUGGUCCCAAAAUGCGUGUCCAGUACUCUCUCUACAUAGGGGAUGAGAAGGACAUCGUCCACACCAUAUCGCUUCGAAUUCCGGUAAAUAUUACAGUUUUCGAGGUCAUGCAACUGGCACAAGAAGCAGAUUCCAAAUACAAAUUUCGGGCAAAGAAAUCAGCAGAGAAAUUGUACAUCUAUGAUAUAAAAGGCAUAAUCAAUGACUUCGAGGAUGGAAAAUUUUGGUUGUUGUACAUUGGAAAAGAUACUGAAUCUAUGACACAUACUAAUAAAAGUCCCGAUACAAUCAUUUUACAAGAUGGAGCUCAUAUAGUCAUGUGGUACAAGAAGGCACAUAUUUGAUCAAUUAAUGAAAAAUAUUAUGAAUUUUUUUGUAACUUUUGUGAGAUUAAAUAGUAUGUGAAACCAU